AUGGAUGGCAACAAUUCUGAUGACAAUCAGGACACAAGAAUGUGGAGUUCCAGAAUUGAAAUGAAGCUACUAAACAUGUUGAAAGAUGAGGUACAAAAAAAUCAAACAGCAGGUAGUACUGUGUGGACAGUUAGGCAUUGGACUCAUUUUGCAACUGAGUUGCAAAAUUUGUAUGGGUUUCGAUACACACCAAAACAGGUGAGACAAAAAUAUCAGCGACUGAAAGCUGAUUACCAAACCUUCAAGCGAUUACAGGCACAUACCGGUCUGGGAUGGGAUCCCAUUGUAGGAACAGUUGUUGCACCCAAUGAAUUUUGGGAUAAGGCAGCAAAAAUUGUGAAGAAAUUUAGGACAAAAGGAUUUGAGUAUUUUCAAGAAAUGGCCAAAAUUGUUGAAAAUUGUUGUGCCACAGAGGCCUUGGCCUGUGUAUCCACACAAGGAGCCCCUGACUCUGAUGAAGAGGAUGAAAUGUUUAACAGAUUUUGGUCUCCUGGAGCUGGUGGAAGUAAUGUGGCCGAACUUAGUACUGUUGACUUAUUCGGCGAUGAGUACAUAGAGCCAUCAAAGGGCAAAAGUCACAAGAAGGGCCCUACAAAUAGCUAG